UUUUAACACUGCCUUAUGGAUAAUUAUUAUUUAUUUAGAACAAUGGAAGAAUUACAGAAAAGGAUCGCAGAGCUCGAAAGGGAAUUACAAGAAGAGAAAUGUAGAAAUGCAAUUACUACACGCGAAAAGAUUGAACAUAUGUCUGGUGAAGUCAUAGAUUCUAACCCUUAUAGUCGUCUAAUGGCAUUAAAACGUAUGGGUAUUGUUAAUAAUUAUGAAGAUAUACGACAAAAAACAGUAGCUAUUGUUGGGGUUGGAGGAGUUGGUAGUGUAGCUGCAGAAAUGUUAACAAGAUGUGGUAUAGGAAAGCUAAUUCUUUUUGAUUAUGACAAAGUGGAAUUAGCAAAUAUGAAUAGAUUAUUUUUUCAACCGUAUCAAGCAGGACAGAGUAAGGUGGAAGCUGCUGCCAAGACUUUACAAUAUAUUAAUCCUGAUGUAGAAAUUGAAUCGCAUAAUUAUAAUAUUACAACUGUAGAUAACUUUCAAGAUUUUAUGACUACGAUAAGUACAUCGAGCUUAAUGAAUGGCCCUGUGGAUUUAGUCUUAAGUUGUGUAGAUAAUUUUGAAGCACGCAUGGCUAUAAAUACUGCUUGUAAUGAACUCAAUCAGUUAUGGUUUGAAAGCGGAGUUUCAGAAAAUGCGGUUUCUGGGCAUAUUCAAUUUCUUAUACCAGGAGAGACAGCUUGUUUUGCUUGUGCGCCACCUUUGGUUGUAGCAUCAAAUAUUGAUGAAAAAACCUUAAAGAGAGAUGGUGUAUGUGCUGCAUCAUUACCCACAACUAUGGGUAUAGUAGCAGGCUUUUUGGUACAGAAUACUUUGAAAUUUUUACUUUGCUUUGGAAAUGUAACAUAUUAUUUAGGUUAUAAUGCCUUGCAAGAUUUUUUUCCAACAAUGAUGUUAAAGCCAAAUCCAAAUUGUGAAGAUAAUUAUUGUAGACAAAGACAACAAGAAUAUCAAGCAAAACCAAAAGUUGAAAAGCCUGUUGAAGAAGUUAGUGAUAUAAAACCUUUGCACGAGGACAAUGAAUGGGGAAUCUCCUUAGUUGAGGAAUAUGAACAGCAAGAAGAAGAAGAUGCUCAAUUACUUAAUACUGGUUUAAAACAAGCUUAUACCGUAUCUGUACAACCAAUUAACCCUCCAAAUGAAAUAACAAAUACAUCCGGUCCAAGUCUAGAAGAACUUGUGCAGCAAAUGAAAUCUUUAUAAUAUUUUUAGAUCUUACAAAAGUGUCUAUAAAAUUAUACAAAAUUAAAUAUUGUAUACAUUCCAUGGAACAAUAAUAACAAAAAAUUUUUUAAACCAA